CCAUAACGACACAGCAUUACGUACACAAACACACUCCAAUAAAAGUCCAUUUAUUACAAUGGUAGAUGAGUAUUACUUUAACAAUACUGUUUAUUUUUGUAGUCAUUCGUGUACUAAAUUACAACCACUAUGACACACGUUAACAUACUCAAUUAAGGGGCCAAAUUUAAAUAAGGAAAAAUAUGCUCAAUAAAAUUAAUCCAUAAAAUUAAAAUGCAUAAAAAUGUACGUUUUUUAAAUUAAAUUGUGCAUUGUUUAAUUGAAAUAACCCUAGUGAGGAAAAGCGGUAUGGAAAAUGAAUGGAUGGAUAAAUUGACAUAUUUAUUUAUGACAUAAUUGUGUUGAACCUACGUAUGUAUCUGAUUUGUUUCACGCCAGUAUUAUAUCAUGAAAUUUUUAUUUCUUAAAUUAUAAAAACAAAAUGAAUGCAUUGUGAAAUGAAUGCGCAAUUAAAUAAUUACAUAUUUAAAUAAUAAUAAUAUAAUAAUAAUAAUGAUAAACUAUUGAGGAAGCGUGGUGAAAGACUGGCAAGCACAUCUGCCUCGCAGUUCUGAGGACCAGGGUUCAAAUCCUGCAUGUGUUUUCUCCGGGUACUCCAGUCUCCUCCCACAUCCCAAAGACAUGCAUGGUAGGUUAAUUGAAGACUCGAAAUUGCCCGUAGGUGUGAAUGUGAGUGCGAAUGGUUGUUUGUUUAUAUGUGCCCUGCGAUUGGCUGGCGACCAGUUCAGGGUGUACCCCACCUCUCGUCCGAAGAUAGCUGGGAUAAGCUCCAGCAUGCUCGCGACCCGCGUGAGGAUAAGCGGUAAAGAAAAUGGAUGCACCCCUUCCAAAAAGUUCAACCUUUGGUCCGUCAGUCGACAGAAUAUUUUCCCAAAAGUCUUGGGGCUUAUGAAGAUGUUUAUUGGCAAAUGUGAGACAAGCUUUUGUGUUCUUUUUUUGUCAGCAGUGUUUUUUUUGCCUUGUAACUCUCCCAUGGUUGCCAUUUUUGCCCAGUGUCUUUCUCAUGGUUGAGUCAUUGAGGCCUUCAGUUUUUUUGCAUUUUGUUCUGGGUUCUUUUGUAACCUCCUGGUAGUGGCACCAAUGGAGUAAUUUUGGAAGACCUACCACCCCUUGGAAGGUUCACCACUGUUCCCAGUUUUCUCCAUUUGUGAAUAAUUGCUUUGAUGGUUUGCUGGAGUUCCAAAGCCUUGGAAAUGACUUUGUUAUGUUUUUUUCAGACAGUUUUCAUUCACUUUGAUUCUCAUUCGUUCUUGCAUUAGUUGUGACAUGGUGAGUUUUUUUGUUGAGACCAUGUAGUGUGUGUAGAUUCUCAGUCAUCCAGGUCAUGGAUUUGCUUAACGUUUGACUUGAAUCCUUUAACCCAAAAGGCUUUUUCAGUUCUUCAUUUUUAAGUGUGGAGUCUGGUGGGUGUAUCCCCUGGGGUGGUCACAAUUGGGUUGCUGUUGCUUCCAGGCGUGGCUGGUGAAGGACCAUCCUACUAAAUGGUCGAUGCAGAAUGGUUGUUCAUCAGCUAUACUAUUUACUUUUGGUCCCUUAAAAAGUGGGAGACAUACACUGUUGUAAUUCCUACACCGUUCGCCUGAUUUGGAUAUGAAUACCCUCAUAUUAAAGCUGAAAGUCUGCAGUUAAAGCACAUCUCUUGUGGUGGUGGUGGUUAGAGGCAAAAAGAUGAGCAUUGUGUCGAUGUAACAAUAUUUAUGGACCAGACAGAAAGUGACUUCUUGAUUCAAGGUUUCUGGUGGUAAUUAGGCCAGUGAAAUUGAACUCAGCUGUCCAAAGCUGUGGUUAAUAACAGUUAACUCGUGAUUUAACAAGUGAGGCAAUUACUUUUCACAUAGGGCCAAUAGGUUUGGAUAUUUCCCCUUUAAAAUGUAAAAUUGCAUUUGCAUUGAAUGUACUUGUUUUGUCUUUGUAAAACAUUAAGCUUAGCUUGAUGAUCCGAAACGAUAUCAGAAAAUGUGCAAAUACUUUUCACCAGCACUGUGUGUGGCCUUUAUGCUUUCAGUGCUAUCCCAGAGUCCCUCACACAGCUGCCUCAUAGUGAACUUGCCGCAUGACCACACCGUACAGUCCAGCAUCCAGCAGCAUGAAUUAUAGAUGGGGGAGAAUUUUGCAGGGGAUGCAUAAUGCUGCUUCACUGGAUUGUAGACCCCCGUUGUGUGUAUGGGGUAUGUAUGUGUAUUUAGGGAUCAUUACUCAUGAGGGGAAACAGCAUCAAUGAAAGGUGAUCAGUUAAUGUGUUUAAAAUGGUGGAGAUAUAUGGGCAAAGGGAAUGAGACAGGACAGUGGCCAUUCCCCAGAGACAGUGCAAAGAGCCAGGUUUGUUGGCAUGGCAACCCAUCUUGCACACACACAUCCUUACUGACAAUGUCACAACUCUUAAAACCACAAACAUGACCUUUUCCAUUCCCAUAUUGUCUUCCUUUCCUGUCAUUUUUAGUGGGAUUCAUACGGAUGAGAGUCUAACUAAAAUGCUGCAGUGUCGUUUCGGGGCAGUAAAAAGCGCUGCAAUGAGUCCCCACUGCACCACAUUACAUCACCCGCCUCCCCCUUUGACGGGAGAUCAAUGUGGUACUUUGAAAAAUUUAAACCUGCGGAGAAAAUUCGUGAUACUGUAAUUUGUCGUUCCCAUUUGUUUUCCAAAGCCAAAAAUAGCCUCUUCUUCCUUUGUCUGCUGCCAUAAAUCACAUGGCGCCUGCCUCACAUAGAGCCCUCCAUCCACCACCCUGUUUUUUAAAUGGAACAUUCUAUGAGCUGUGCUAUGCACUGUCCCUUGUUAAAUUUAGCUUGUCAUCCAUUGUGACCCCCCCCCCCAAAAACACACACGCUCACUUGAGCCCACUUCCAUUUGUCUUUUUACACGUAUGAAUCCUCUAACUAUUGCUUUGUGUCCACGUUCACUGGAAUGUACGGAAAGCACAUGAACGACAUCUGCAACAGAGACCUCUCUGAAUGCAAGGACAAACUUGUCCAGGCUAUUAAAAGAAUCCAGCAUGAAGUGGACGAGAGCAGGGAGGCAGAAAGUGAGACAUACAUAGACUCAGUAGAACUAGAGGGCCAGUUUGACAGUCUGGAACGAGAGAUCCGAGCCGAGUUCGGGAACCUCCAUCGCUUCCUGGAUGAGGAGGAGUGCAAGGACCUGGAGCGACUGAAGAGGGAGCAAGGGAGAGCAUUAAAGCGACUGAAGGAGAGGGAAAAUGAUAUCUACCAGCAACGGAAAGACCUGGAGAAAGCUGUGGCCGUGCUCAACAGUAAACUAGCGGAGGAGGAGAGCUCCAAGAUGCUAAAAGACAUACAAGAUCUCAUUAAAAGGGAAGUAUACUCAUUAAUCUUGUGUUACGCAUGCCUCACAACACGCCCAUCAAUCAUUAACAUCCUACCCCACCUCAUCUGGUCCAAACAGAUCUCAGGUCAGAUUUGUCCCGCCGCCAGAGGUGGACAGUGAGCUGCACUCAGGCCACUUUGUGGGACCCAUACAAUACAGAAUAUGGAAGCACAUGAAAAGCUGCCUUUACCCAAGUAUGUAAAUAUUAUAUGAGAAAGUGUGUUACAGUGGCAACUCGCUAUAUUCCAAUAUAUAUAUAUAUAUAUAUAUACACACUGUAUGUAUAAUUAUGAGAAAGAGCUCAAAAUUAGAAUAGAAGCGUAAUGUUACGAUAA